UGCAUCUUGUCCAAUUUAGCCCAUAACAACAGACCCUUACAAAUUCCGUAUUUAUUUUAAAUUCGACAACCGUGCAAAUAGUUCUGGGGCAGUUUAUACCUUAUAGCAGUUUGUUUCCUCUAGUCACUGAAGGUCAAAGUCAAGUUUUUUUUUUUGUAAUUCAAAACAAGACCUUUCGGUAGUGUAAUAACAGCCCCUUUUAACAAUUAUCACCGGGCUUGUUUUCACACAUUAGACAUGGCUUAAACGGCGAAAUAGCCUAUUUUGAAAUUACAACGGGGAUGGGAGAUGAUUCAGCAGGACGGAGGAUCCCUCGCCCGACCUUAGAGUGGUGAAGAACUUAACAGAAAAAGUAUGGAACUUAAAGUCUGGGUGGAGGGCAUCCAACGCAUAGUGUGUGGAGUUACAGAAUCUACUACUUGCCAGGAUGUUGUUUAUGCACUGGCACACGCUACUGGUAAAACUGGCCGUUUUACUUUAAUUGAGAGAUGGAGGAACAAUGAACGUCUAUUAGCUCCUCAAGAACACCCUCUCAAAGUUGUUACAAAAUGGGGCGAAUAUAGCAGCGAAGUACAGCUAAUCCUGCAGCGUUCUGGUGGCUGGGGCACUCCUCAAGCUACCCCAUCCGCCUCGCCUCAACAACAAAUAGGAUCCUCGUCUCAUUACUCGCCCACCACCAAUCAGGCGAAAAGAUCUCUAAACUUCAGCCCAACCAAACGCCUCCAAGUUAAACAUCAAACACCUCUUCCUGAUACUAGUCAACAGAAUAAUAAAAAAGAUAGAGGGGAAUAUGCAAUGUUAAAUACCUUGAAAUACGUGUCUCCUGAUAAAAAGUAUGCAAACAUUAUUAAGGGUUAUAAUGGAGGAAAAGACGAGACUGUCGUCUAUAAUGCUCAAUACAGAGACCUUGUCAGGCUUGUUAAUUACCAGAGAGAGAAACUUUCAGCACAACAAGCUGAACUUACUAAAUUUGACGCAGAAAUUGUAUACUGGGAAGGCAAGACACGCGAACAGCAGCACCAGAUAGAGUACGUGAGCCAAGAAGCAGCAAGAUUUGAAGCAGUUGCAAAUUCCAAUGAACAAUUGCUUAAAGCUUUGGGUUGUGUAGAAGAAGAGAAAGAAUUAGUGCAGCAACAGGAAAGAACACUUAAGUCUGAGCUAACACUAUUAAGGUCGAAAUUAGCCAAUUGUGAAACUGAACUUCUCCAAUGUAAAAAGAAAAUCAGAGAACUAUCUGAGGAGCUUGAAGCUGAAGAAAGAGGUGAAGUUGCUCUUUUGGCUGAAGUUGAGCGAUUGCAGAGGGAUAUCGAGCAAACAAAGACUAGAGCAGAGCUUACAACCCAUUCUGCCGAAUCUUUACGAUCUCAAGUAAUGUCGUUAGAAACAGCAAUAACUGACAAAAAGAGGCAGGUUGAACGGCUCGUGUCUGAAAUGAAAGAAGCCAACCUUCAGUCUCUUGCUGCCGCACCACCAGAAGAAUUUAAAAUGCUGUUAGAAGGAUCGACAUUCUGUCUCGGACCACAUAAACCAGGCAGCGUUAGGAGAAUGAUCGGCUCACCUCGGCAGCUUGAAAAUGCCGUACCCACCAGUAAAAACCCACAUGGUGUUUGGGUUUAAUUGAAAUUCGCCUUUAAGGCAUGAUUUAAAGUUUUAAAAAAAGUAGACAAAUCACUGCAUUUAUAGAUGAUGUUUGAUUCACAUUUUUUGAGAACGUUUAUCCACAGCACUACUUUUUUUACCAAAUUUUUGUUCUCUUCAAAAUUAUGUAAAUUAGUUUGUAGGUUUUUAUUAACAUAUAUUAUUGUUUAAAUUGACUGAUGAUGUAUUUAUUUGGUCUUUCAAGAUACAAAAGAACCGACCUUUUGCCGUCAUUGUGGCGCAAUCAGGUUAAGUUGGGUUAAUUUGCUUAUUUAUUGACUUAGAUCUAAAUGCUUUGGUAGUAAUUUUAUUUCAUCGUUGCAUUAUUUUUACUAGCCUUUUUCAUUAAUUUAAAAACAAAUUACCAAAAACAAAAAAUCACACUAGUCCACAAUUAAUUAUGCGGCAUCUUGACACUAUUAUGCAUCCCUUUCAAUUUUGAAAAAAAAAAUCCAUUUUUUACCCUAUUAAAAUUCUAAAACUGCUCGUAAAAGUUUUUAAUCUUAAAUUAUUUGCUAGAGGAUUAAUACUGACAAAUGGAGAAGUCUAGUAAAAUAAAUAAAACUAAGUAGUGCCAUAAAAUAAAAAUGUGCUUUAAUGUUUUAUAAUAGAUGGAAAAAAUAUUGUGAUUUGAAAUGGAAUUCAAUUAUAUUACAUAUAUAUUUUAUUACCCCCCUUCAAUUUUACCAUAUCGACUGUAUAUAACAAUUAAUAAGGACCUUUAUCAAUUUUUCCCAUUGGAAGAUAAAUUUAAAAAAAGGAAAAAAGUCUUUCUUCGUUAUUACUUUUAAACUUUAUUUAUAAUACACCUUAAUUUUUUUUUUAAAUUAUAUUUAUUUUGUUUGUUAAUAUUAAUUAAUAUGAUACUGAAUUUGUCAAAGGCCAAAUCAUUAUAAAAGAUUAUUCAUUUUGUUUUAAGAACUUCAAACAAUUUCUCUAUUAUUUUAGUU